AUGGACCGGGUUGCGCGUGAUGCUUCGAGCGGUCGGCGUGGGCAGUCUCAGGCAGCCUCGUCUACCCCAACGGACCGUGCUGAACAUAGCACCCCAGACUCUGCAGAAACAGUGAUGGGCGUUGGUGGAGGGCGUGAAUGGACUCCCUCUGUACGAGGCCGGCCCGAAGUGUUGAGCCGAGAGAGCUUUCGUCAUUGGCAAGAGGACGAGCGGCAGGAUGUGUGGGACGAUCAAUGGAGCAGCUGGUCCUCCUGGCAGUCUCAAGGAACCAGCUGGGAAGAUCCGUGGUCUUCCUAUCUUGACCGUCGUCGUCCUGGGUGGCGCCGAUACCGAGAUGACGAUCAGUAUGAGAACUGGGGCUAUGUGCAGGAAGAGGAUGAUGAAGACGAACCUCCUCCUACGCCCCCGGGCUCAAUGGUGCCAUUUCCUCGUUUGCUCUCUCGUCGGGAGAACAGUCCGGAGCCGAAAGAGCCUCCCCACCGGGAUUUCCUCAUGCUUUUCAAUUACCCGAUCAUCCCCAAGAACAUCGUGGAACAAGAGCAGUACAACCAGAUCUUCACCUUUGUCCCAGCGAUCAGCCGCAAGAACAUCAUGGAACAGGCGCAAGAACCUCGUGGAACAGGAGUCGUUCGACCAGAUUUACCUCAGCAGGUCCCGGGGGUCACUUUUGCGUCUAUGACCGGUGUUCAGGACAGUCAGCGCCAGGGGUCCAAUGGCUACGGCAAGGAACAGAAGUCAGGGGACACCGGAGGCAGUGGCGGAUAUCUUCGUCUGCAUAGCUCCUUCCCGCCAGAGUUCAGGGCGAAGCCAGGGGAGUCAUGGAAGGACUACUGGAGGUCAGUUGAGUUUUGGCUGGCUUCGGAAGGGUCCAAUCUUCCAGCGUCAGUGCGUGGCGCAAGGCUGAUGCAGUCCAUGAAGGAGCGGGCGGGCAAGAUCGUGGCCCACCUCACUGUCAACGACGUGGCCGCGGACAAUGGGGUGCAGCGCAUCAAGGAUGAAAUGGAGAAGUCGCCGAUAAUCCGGCUGUUGGAACACAAGGAAGUCGACAAGACUCGCAAGAAGUUCAUGCGACUAUGCCGGCACCCUCGCGAGUCGUUGGAGUCGUUCAUCAAUAGGGCCUCGAUCUACAGGCAUGAGAAUGAUAGGUGCCAGAACUACCGCGUGGGCACGAAGUUCUACCUUGGGCACCUCCUGGAUGCCGCGAAGCUUACGAACAAGGACGAGGCCUUGGUGAAGACGGCAGCUGGAGGAUUGCAUGAUGAGAACAAGGUCGUCAAUGCGAUGUUGGAGCUGGCAGAGCAGUUGGAAGGGAAGCCGGGCUACCCGAUUGCGAAAGGCGAGCCCAACCUGCAUGACGAUGACGAGUACCUCUUCCAGAAGGGCCGCGAAAAGGAGCGCGAGGAGCCGGGCCCUACGCGAAAGCCUUUCCACCGAGGAGGCCGGGGCCAUGAUGGAAGGUUCCGGAAGAGCCAUAAACUGGCCAAGCGGUGGAAACAGGUGUUCCAUGCCAUCCUGGAGGACGAGGACGAUAACGAGGACGAGGACUCCAGCGUGCACAACCAGACUUCGAGUGACGAAGAGGACGACCGCGACGAGGGCCCGGAAGCAGGCAACGAGAGGGAAGAGGAGAGUGCCUCCGACUCCUCUGCUCUGCCCGCGGAGGUGUACGCCCAGGAGUACAAGGCCAAGAAGAAGGUGAACGAGAUACGCCAGAUGAGGCAGUUCUUCCAGAAAGGGACGAAUCCCGAUAAGACCAAGGCCUGGGUUCGCGAACAGCAGAAGAAGGAGCCAUGCUUCCUUUGUGGUCGCCUAGGCCAUUGGAGCCAAGAGUGCCCCAACCGUGCUCGCAGUUCAGGUCGCCCGCCACAUGCAGUGAAUGCGGUGGCUGGCAAUUUCACGAGUGACCGGGGACAAUGGGACUUGCUGGAGACCAUGGCCGGUUACAUGAGUGCUGCGAGCCAGUCUUCAAGUGCUAGGACGUCGGGAUGCUUUAUGGUUUCAGGUCAUGUCAAUGCCUACCAGUCCAGCGUUGUAGAUCACGAAUCGUUUUGGGCCAUGCGUGAACUACAUAGCAGUCUGAUCCUUGACAUUGGUUGCAUGAAGUCGGUGGCGGGCACUAAGUGGACGAACCAGCAUAUCCAGAGGCUUCGUGGAUUGGGGCGCUGGAUGAAGGCUGUCAAGGAGAAGGAGAGUUUUCGGUUUGGGGAUGGGCAUGAGCUUUGUAGUGAGUAUGCCUUUAUCUUCGAAGCGACUAUCAUGGGAGUUCGAGUGCUACUUCGUAUCAGCGUGGUGAGCAAAUAUGGCCUUACCCAGACAUACGGUGGCCACUACGCCUUGCCCAUUGCUGAGUACACUGCAGACAUGCCCCCGAUGCACGACCCCAACCUCCCGGAAUAUGUUGAGGCGAUUCCCGUGUAUGUGAUGACUGAGGACAUCCCCGCGAAACCCUCAACGGCCCAAGGCAGCCGCCCGGAGCACCACAAGAUCCACGACGCGGACUCGGACACGAGCAACUCGGCGGCCCUCAAGGGAGGAUUCUCGGACUGGUCCCGAGCGAAGGAGGACAAGGAAAGGCCGCGACGACCGAAGCCUAUCAUCAAGGGCAACUUCGCCCGGAGGAGUGCAGCCAGUCGCUCCAAAUCAGCCGAGAAGGCCAAGGGAGCCGUGAUGACCGAGCGGAUGCGAAAAGGGAGCCCCUCGAGACCGAGGAGCCCGGCGGCGCGACCAUCCAAGAACAAGGCGAGCUCAUCGGAGGCGCCGGGAACGCCAUCCUCCAUCAGGUCGUCCGCGACCAUCGCGAGUCUCAAGGCACAGGCGGCGGAGCUCGAGGAACGAAUUUGGCCGCACAUGGAUCCCACCACGAUCAUCACGGAGGGCUCGAAAGCAACGAAGGCGUACUGGAUUGCGCGAGUGGAAGUCUUGAAGGAGGAGCUGGGCUUCUGCAAGGGCCCGGCGGCGAUGGACGAGGAUGCGGACAAGCCGAUUGGGGAUGGCGAGCGCGACUACGAGACCCUCUCGGUACCUCCUCGAGCACCCAGAGGGCGACCUGCGGUGACCAAUCCGAUGCCGAAGGUGGCUUCCUCAGCGCACGCAGCCAAGGUGGAGCGACACAAGGCCCUAACCGACCACGCGGCGCCGUUCCCAACGAUCUCAACGAGAUUCUCAGACGACCUGGUCGUGAAUGCCAUGAUCUCCAUCCAGAGCCAGCUCUUCACCUUCAAGUGGAAGACGUUUGUGUGGAUGGUGCGCAUCCGAGAAGCGGUGAGGCUCGAAAUGGGAGACCAGGCCAAGUGGCGCCGCAAUGCGAGGUGGUUGAUGAGUCUGUUCGGCAAGCAACUCGGAGCUCUAUGGGGCCAUCUGGGAGCAGCCCGGCAGCUCACGAACGACUUCAAGCACAUCCACCUCAUGAGGGGGAACGAUCCAGUACGAGCCACGAAGGGGCAGCGCAUUUUGGGUCUGAUGACCUUGAUGGCUUCAUGGGGCGUCGGCUACAAUGUCUUGGAGCUCUUCCCGACCGGUGCCUGCUGGACCGAGCAGGCUGUGGGCACUGGAUGGCAGUUUCCGGGCCCCAUCUGGGACAACCGAGCGGCCCCAACUUGGAAACAAGCUCGAUGGAUCAGCAAACAAGUUCGCCAGGCCGCCCCCGACGUGCUGAUCCUCGCCCCACCAACCGGGCCGUGGAGUACCUGGAGUCGGAGCUCAUCCAAGGAGACGACGGCCGCGAAGGUGGAAUAUUGGCCAAUGUGGCAUUUGAUCUGGGAACUCUGGAAAUACCAGAGUGAUCGCGGAGGCCUAGUUCUACUACAAUGGGGCAGCCAUGCCGCCCCACCUUGCGGAGACGAACUUCGAGAACUAGGCCGGCGUUUCAUGAUGGAACACCCUGUCUACAAGGAGGCGAUCCUCAACUUCCCGGAAACGCCCGAGCCCGAUCCCAUCUAUGAUGGCCGUGUGGACAUGUGUAUGUUUGGGUUGCUGGACCACCAGACAAGUAAGCCCUACAAGAAGACCUACCGCCUACAUGUCAAUGACCCCUGGUGGUGCUCCCAGCUUAGUAGGCAAGCUCAAUGUUCACAUCUUCCAGGACAACACCAAGGGCUAGAAGGAGUCAUGGUCACGGAGGAGCUUCGGAUACCUCGUCAUGAAUUUGCUCUUCGAUGGCCCGCUGCUUGGGUUGAGCGACUGCUUACCACUGUGGCCGAGACCCUCCAGGUGAGAAGGGGUAUGCCCCAGGAAGUCACGCAACUGGCUCUACAUGAGCCAUCCUCCUCACAAGUCGAGUGGGAAGCUGUGCCAGUGGAGGUCGAAAACUCCCCGGAGGGCAUGUUGAGACACAAGCUCGGCGAGGUGACGGGUGACAAAUACGACUAUAUCUACUUUGAAGGAGCCAGCGCGGCCCUUUCCAAACAACUUCGUACCACCCUCGCCCGUCUACAUGUGAGUCUGGGCCAUGUCUCGGCCGAGAAGCUGAAGCGAAUGUUGCACCUGAGCGGGGCCAAGGACCACAUCUUGAGUGCUGUGUCAGAUCUGAGGUGCCAAAUCUGUCAGUCGGUCACAAGCCCUACAAGAACACCCAAAGCCGCCUAUGACCGACCCCAGCGCUUCAAUGAGAGAGUUGUGGCAGACGUUUUCUUUGUGUGGGAUGCCAACCAGACCAAGUACGCGGCCAUCCAUGCAGUGGACGCCUUCUCUUUGUAUCAAGUGGCCUCGCUGAUGCCUACGGCUAAGUCGGAUUUGGUGGCCCACUUCCUCAAGAACUACUGGUUGGGCAUCUUUGGGCCACCGGAGGUGUUGAUGACGGAUGCGGGCAACGAGUUCGCAGCACAUACGGAGGCACUCUUACGUGCCUUUGAUGUUCAUCACGAAAUGGUGCCUCCCUCGGCAAAGUGGAGAAUGGGCUUGGCGGAACGCCGUGGGGCGGUGCUGAAGCUGCUGGCCAUGAAGACGAUCAAGGCCGUGACGGCGAAGGGCUACAGCGAGACCAAGGAGUGCCUAGUGGCCGCAGCGGCAGCCCGCAACAGGCAGAUGCGGGUGGGAGGAUUUUCUCCCGUACAAAUUGUACUUGGGCGAGACGUGGCUAUCCCUUCCUCCCUGUUGGCUCAGCUGGAGUCUGGUCACUUCCGCUAUGUCGUCAACCAGGACUUGACCUUCACCGAGGCCAGGAGACGAAAUGAACAAAUUCGUCAAGCAGCUGAGCAAGCCUUUCUUUGGGCCGAUGGGAGUGAAACACUCCGGAAGGCCCUCUCCUCCCGCACUCGACCUGGGGUGGUGGUGGCCUUGGAACGUCGAGGAGGGGCCAUCAAGAGAGUGUGGAUUCGUUACCGCAACAAGCUCAAAGGGGUCCCUUUGGAGUAUGUUCGCUUGGCAGCCUUGGAAGAGGUAGAGAGUACCAAGGUAUGCCAGGAGGCCCUACGAGAAGUGGAGAGAGAAUUAGAAGGCGGACGACCCGAUGUCGAGGAGAUGCUGGACGAUCACCUCGAGGAGCCCACUGACCCUCUCAUGGCUUUCAGUGGAGAUGAGGAAACCGCAGAAGAGGAGGAGGCGCCUCCCGACCCUACGAGGGAACCUCCGCGAGGCCCCGGAUCAGUGCUUGAUGAUCUUCCGCUUCAAUUUCAUCGACGUCCUCCGCAACCUCCACCUCGAGAAGCCUCUCCCGCAGAUGACCGCAUACCGAUACGCGAUGUUGUGGCGAGUCCUCGACCCCUUCCGGAGGAACAACCCAACCGGAAGAAGGUCCGCUUCGAUGAGGCGGUGAAAGCCACCGAGCAACACCUGAGCCGCAUGAAGGCGGUGUUAGAACCCCGGAACCCGCAGCAAGGAGGAGAUAGGGGCGAGGCAUCGGCGUCUUCCGCGCCUAUGGCAGGAUCAUCGACUACCCGACCGCAUUCCACGGACGCACCUAGCCCGGGCGCGACGAUGAGCCACCGCGGUUAUGGUGUGCUACAUGCAUGUCGAGCUUGGAACCUCGAGGAGGCCACCAGGAGCCAGCGGAAAAUGAUUCGAGAGGCGCGACGCCGUGGAUGGGAAGCGCAUGGAAUCACCGUGGACGCCCUCACGACCGAGAUUAUGGACUACAUGGAGGAGAUGUCUGAGGUUCCCAAGAACGUGAGUUGCGAACCCAACGAGUCCCCUUCGAGUGAGGUGACCAAGCCAGUCACAGGAAAGCCGCGACUGGAGUACAAGUGGACGCAACUCAGCGAGGACUGGAAGCAGGCGUUCAUCGACCCCCUCCGCAAGGCGAUCGACGCUUACGUGGACCACGACGCCUUGGAGCCCGUUCCCUUAGGGAGCCGAGCCGAGACACUAGAGGAGGCGGUCCUCAAGGCGAGAUGGGUGCUAGCUGGCCACCGCGACAAGGAGGCCGGUAUGCACGCGACGGAGGCCCCUACGGCGAGCCUGGUGUCCCAUAACUUGAUAUGCUUCGUGAGCGCUCAGAAGAAAUGGAUUCUGAAGUAUGCCGACAUCUCGGCGGCCUUCCUGCAGGGGGAGAAGUUGGACGUUUCAAGGGUGGUGUACGUCAAGCUGCCGAAGGGCUACCCCUCGGAGAUUAACGACCACCUCCUUCGCCGACUCAGCGAGCGAACCCGAGGAAGCCUACGUCACGACCUGGUCAAGCUGGUCAAAGGAGGCUUUGGACUGGCUGAGUCACCGAGGCUAUGGUACUUGAGACUCAAACGCGGCCUCGAAGACGUGGGCCUCAAGGAGCUUAAACUGUCGCCCGGCACCUUUGUUUUUCACGUAGGCGGGGAACUACAAGGGAUACUGGCGAUCCACGUGGACGACAUCCGCAUGGCCUUUGCAGCAGCGUACGAGUAUGUCCUGAACAACCUUCGGGAGAAGUUCCACUUCGGCGAGUGGAAGACGGCCACCGAAGAAGUGGUGAAGUUCUGCGGCCGGUGGGAAAAGCAGUGUCCCACCACUUACACCGUCACCAUCAGCAUGGAUGGCUAUGCUGAGAAACUGAAAGACCCACCGCAGCGCCCGAAGGAUGACAGGAGCCCUCUCACUGACGCCGAGAGGUCUUGGGUCUCUUCCGUGGGAGGCCAGUUGAACUGGAUGGCCCGACAAGGUCGUGCUGACUUGGCAUUCGGGAUCUCCCGCGUGCAGCAGAUGAGCGGUGCCCGAGACCCCGAGACCUUGAAGGUCCUGGGACAACUGGUGACACGAGCGCGGCAACCGUACGAGUGCAUCUUCCAACGAGUACCUGGAGAGCUGGAUGGUUUGGUUUUCCUAGCGGUGAGCGAUGCCUCGCACGGAAGUAUGCCAAAGGGGCGCUCGCAAGGAGGCAUGAUGAUCCUCUUGGCCAACGAGGAGGUCCUGGAGUCCGAGACCGUGGUCAACUGCGUCCUGUACCACAGCUCGGUCCUCAAGCGUGUGGUGAGGUCCAGUCUGGCAGCUGAGAUUUCUCAGGCUGCUGAGACUCUUGAGCAAUGCGACUACAUCCGCACGGUCAUGGCCGAGAUCCUCGACCCGAACUUCCAGCUGGCUCAAUGGCGAUGGAGCGCGGGCCAAUGGAAACAGGUCUUGGUGCUGGACUCCAAGACCGGCUACGACAUCCUCAACUCCAUAAGUCAUGGAGAGGACAAGCGCCUUGCCAUUGACAUCGCCAUCUUGAAGGAGUCGCUGUACGAACCGAUGGCGAACAGAUGGGUCCGCUGGGUGCCCGGCUUGACAAUGCCAUCGGACGGCCUCACCAAAGAAGCCGGAAACCCCAUGAGAGACAUCAUCAUGCGUGGAGGCCCCUGGAGUCUCAAGGACAAUCCAGCAGCCCAGAGGCUUCGUGAAGAGGCGGGACACCGGAAACGGCAGUGUCGUGAACGCCAGAAAGUCCGGGAGCAAGAUUUUGAGCAGAAGCGACAAGCACAGAGUGCAAAUGUCGCUCUUUUGUAA